CCCAGAAUUCCUGCCCGCCGACACAGUAUUUAAUGGCGAACUGCAAGGUGCCCCCGUUGUCUAGCGUAAUUUUAUACUGUCGCUGCUGAGGUUUCCUGCAUCGGAAGCUGCUCUCGACGUCACGCCCUCCCCGUCACCACGACGACGUUGCCGCUGCGCUCUGAAGGCAUUCACAACUUCCUCCUCUGCUCUUCGGGAGUAAACACGACGCACGACAGCAUGUUACUCUGACAGGACCCACAGCAAGUCAACUAUGACAUGGAGAAGCAACAAGAAGACGACCAGGCAGCGAUGAGCAGAGAAACCAGGGUCUCAGACCUUCAUGAAACACCAGAGAGGAAACAUACCGACGUCCUCCUGGAUUUUAGUGAGGAGAGCUUCAUGGGAGAGCAGCAACCAUAUGAGUCUCAUUGUUACUCUGGAUGGGAACAUGCUGUUCAGGGUUGGGCCAGAGUCUCUCCAAUGAGCUGCAUAACGAUGAAUCAGAAGAGCCAGGGCAAAGCAAAGCAGAAGGAGGCUGCCAACCCAGCGUCCUCUAAAGCAGGCAGACCAGCCAGCCUGGAGGAGCAGCGCUGUAAGUCCCGGGCAGGCCUGUUUGACGUUAGGGAUGCCGGAUCAUCGAACCACCAGCUAGGAACAUGGGUUCCAACCGAAUGGCCUGUCCACAGUGCAACUCAGAAUUACUUGCCAGGUUCCUUCCUCGAUGGGAAGACAGAGAAGAAACGGAUGCCACCAGGAACAACUUUGACGCCUCGCCAUCUUUCCUCACCAUCCUCUCUGUUAGAGAGUGGCACCCUGAAAGCUCAGAAGCACAAUAUUAAGCGUGACGUCACAGUGGUCCCCAUCAGGAACAUCAGAUUUCUACCUCCUAUCAAUUUACGACAGACAAAGCCUAGGGUCAAGACCCGUGUCUGCAGGGGCAAGAAGACCCCAGAUGAAAAUACCCUCUACAAGCUCGAGAACAUAAUCAGAGAAAGCAGGACGCGGCUGGACAUCGAGGCUCACGCCGACCUUCCCGUUGACUCCACAGCCACCACUUACAGGCAGCAGGCAUGCCAGCGAAGCCCCCAUUUGUUCCCUGCUGUUUGUAUUUCUGUUCCCGACACGGAGCAUCCCACAAGGCCCCGCAUCCCACUGGGCAAGAACAUAUCACGAGCCAUGGUGCAACACCUGGCGCCCACCAGGUGCCUGUUCACCUGAGGAUCAGAACUGUGUGCAAUUCAGCUUUAUCGGGCUUUUGCAUCAUCAUUGAUAACGUUCACUCAAAUAAAUAUCCUCGGUGGUUAUACAGCUAAAUGAAUGCAAAGGUUGAGUGUUUUGUUAUCUCACAAUAGUCCGUCUUUUAUUCCCUCUGAUGGCUCCACGCUGACCGUUCCUGUUGGUUUUAAUGGCUUUUGUGUGUACUGCAAUUACAUUUCAUACCCAUUAAGGUGCGCGCAAUAAGACACCACCAGUAUCUGGUAAGCGGAACACAGGCUGUCUUCAUUUAGAUGCUGUACCUCACUUUCCCAAUGCAGAAUUCAAAAUUGUGUUGGGAGUUGAAGAUUAGCUGUGAAUUAGCUGAUCUGCAGAUUAAGGUUAAUGAUGAAACGUGAUUUUAAGCAGAGAGGAAACAUUGCGUCAGUUUAUUGCUUACAAUUUGGAAAGCACAAAACAAAAAGGUCCUUUGCGCUAAAGUUUGAGCCUCUCAAGACAAAUUCUCAGUUUCAGCAACCUAUUCGGUCAAUAUCUGAAAAAAUGUUUUAGGAUUAAAUAGGUCAUACUUACCAAAGUUUUGUUAACUUUUUUUGCAAGAAUUAACAUGUAGCUCCUUGGGAGCAGUCUAUCUAUUAACAUUUUCCGUAGUGUCUAUUGUAAGCAAUCAUUUUAAUUUGACAGCAGUAAAAUGGUCUAAAUAGCUGAGAGCCGUCAGUGAAAACUGUUAAACUGGGAAGAGUUUAAAGAAAUGUUGCAGAUUUUGGCAAUAAUGCUUUCCAGAAUGAAUGGUAUGAUCCAUGUAUAUAUUAUUAAAAUAACAAAUCUAAGAAACAAAAGUUUGCAAACUAACUUAAUAAGAUAAGCAGUGUGCCCAUGUGGAACAAAAAUAAUUUAAAGAACACUUUGCAAACUGAAUGGCUAGGAAUAGAUGGUUAAGUUUUCCUUUGUGAUCCCCAUAAUUUUACAUAAACAUAAAAAAAAAUAGUAUUUUGCAAAAUGAAA